CAAAGUUAUUUCUUAUAAUGUUUUUAAAUCAUUAUUUUAAAAAAUACAUAAGAUUGAAUAAGGACAUGAUAUGGGAUCAUUAUCUGAAGUUAACAAAAAUUACAUAAACACUAACUUUUUCAAUAACAUUCCAAGAACAAGAGAUAUUGUAAAAAAUGGUACAAUUUCACACGAUGAUUAAACCUUCGGAAUUUUGAAUCAAAAAAUACAAGAUACAUUCUAAGUAAACAUUAAAUAUGUUUCAUUAUAAGAAUUUUUCAAAUUACCUCAAAAUGGAAUUUCAUAGGAUAAUGUAAAGAAAAUACUUGAUUAAAUAUAAGGAAAUAAUAUUUCAAAUCUAAUUCAAAAUUAUGUUGAAAAAUAUAUUAACAAAAGAAAAGAAAAAUUAUUUGAUGUUUCUGAUAUGUUUAAAAUCGAAUCAGAAGAAAAAUAAUAUAAAAUAUGGAAUUUAGAAUAAAAUUAAUUAAUUGUUCCUAAACUCGAUAAUCUAUUUUAAAAAUCAGAUGUUAUUUGUUAAUUCAAUUAACUGAGAUUUAGUUAAGAAUCAUUAUAAAUCGCUUCAGGUUUAAUAGGAUCAAUUGUAUCAUAUGAAUAAUUUGAAUUCUUUAUGAAUAAAUUAAUUAAAAAAUUAUUUAGAAGUAUAACUUUUAAAGUUAGAUAUAUUCGAACAUAUUUUUGUG